AUGAAAUUCGCAAAGAAAAAUUAAUUUUGAUUAUUGUAUUAUUCUCCACAUUAUUGAAUUUAAUUUAUUGUGUUUUUGAUUAAGAUUGCGAAUUUUAUAGUUAAAAAACUUACUUAAAAAAAAGUGACACAACAUACACCUAACUACAGGAAAGAAAAACGUUUAAAGAAUUUACAUAAACGAAAAGUUUUCAAACACAAAUUGUCGACAAAUUUAAAGAAUUGACGGAAUUGACAUAAUGAUUUUGUUGAGGUUAGGUUCAUUGUGUGCAAAAAAUUCCAACUUAUCUCAAAGAUUACUUCCUCGGAUAUGUAAAUUGAAUUUUUGUACGAAAGCCAACGACAAACAACAACCUUUAAAAUUGACGGAGAGCGAUGAUGUAGAUGAGCCGGUUGUUUAUUCGAGAACAAAAGCCUAUACACAUUUAGCUAAACAUUCUCGUUAUCGUGAACCAAAUUGGCCUGCAUGUACACCAUACGUAAUUAUGGUUAGUUUUGCUAUUUUCAUGAUCUAUUUCUGUAUUUUAAGAGAGGAAAAUGAUAUUGACGACCUACUUGACAUGCCUCUUGAAACUCGAUUGAAACAAAUUGAGGCACAACGUAAAAUGCAAUAAUGAUAUAAAUAGUAUAAUUUAGAAAAUAGUUUUCAACUUUUACUUUAAUGAAACCUAAUGAAUGUUUCAGAUAAAGUUUUUAAAUUGUACAUAAUCUGUAAUUAUCCUGCACAUGUAUUAAAAAUUAAAAUAAUUUA